UAUUGUAUAAAAAAUUAAAUUAAAAUGCAGUCUGCCUGCUCCAACAACGUCUCCUCCCUAAUCGCCACCGCCCCAAUCCAAUCCCCCACCGCCGGUGCCACUCCAAGUAGCAGUUCCUCCUGGAGGCUCCUCUCGCCUCCUUUAUCGGUGUUUUGCCCAUGCUGCCGGCCAGUGACCAAGAGGCGUCUCCUCUUGGGAGCUUCGACCGUGGCACUUCCCCUUCUUCCUACCUCCCCCGCCGGCGCCAGAUGCCCUUCCGAUCCGGACGUCGCUUUGAAGAGGGUUCAUCCACCGAGGCCGGAUUGGUACGAGGAGUUCUACGCUAAGGCGAUGGAUCAAAGCAUGCAAAGCUAUGAAUCUGAGGUUGCAGUAUACAAGAAGAAGCUUUUUACUCAGUUGUCAGGAGAAGUUUGCAAAGUGUUAGAGCUUGGUGUCGGCACUGGUCCUAACUUCCGGUAUUAUGCUGGUGCUGCUGGUCGUUAUAUUGUUGGAGUAGAUCCAAAUAAACAGAUGGAGAAAUACGCAAGAGCAUCAGCAGAAGCUGUUGGACUGCAAUCAACAAGGUUCAGCUUUGUGAAAGGGGUUGGGGAAGCCUUAAAUGUGGAGGACAACACUAUGGAUGCUGUGAUUGGUACUCUGGUAUUAUGUUCUGUUAGUGACGUUGCAUUGACACUGAGAGAAGUCAGAAGAGUAUUGAAACCUGGUGGUCUUUACUUGUUCAUUGAGCAUGUUGCUGCACGAGAUGGUUCCUUUCUUCGCUUUGCGCAAAAUGUUCUUGAUCCACUGGAACAGAUUGUGGCCGAUGGAUGCCACUUGACAAGAGAAACAGGGAAGAGCAUAUCUGAAGCUGGCUUUUCGAGUGUUAACCUCCAAACUUGUUUCCUCUCAUCUUUCUCCAUCAUAAGCCCACAUGUAUAUGGUAUAGUAUGUAAAUGAAGUAAUUCUUCAUUGGUGAAGUUUGAUCCAAGUA